UCAAGAGUUUAUUUAAACUGAAAAGAUGUUCAGUAAUUGGAAUGGUUCACGUCAAUGCACUACCAGGAACCCCACGUUUUUCUGGCUCAGUUGACGAUAUUGUUUCUAAGGCUUGCAAAGAAACUGAGACAUACCUAAAAAAUAACAUUGUAUGUAUAUUAACAGUUUAUUAAUUGGUCAAGAAUUAUUACAAAUGCAAAUAUGUUAUGGAUCCAUAAUUCCUUUGAGGAUGGAAUACUUAUUGAAAAUAUGCAUGACAUACCCUACAUACAAGCUAAAUAUCUGGGACCAGAAAUAACAGCAACCAUGAGCAGAAUAUGUACUGAAUUAAGAAAAAUCAUUCCACCGACAGUUCCAUGUGGGUUGCAGGUUUUAGCUGCAGGAAAUAAAGAAGCUUUGGCUAUUGCGAAAGCCACAUCACUGGACUUUAUUAGGUGUGAAGGGUUUGUGUUUGAUCAUAUUGCAGAUGAAGGAUACACUGAAGCAAACGCCGGAUUAAUACUUAGAUACAGGAAACAAAUAGAUGCUGAUAAAAUAUUGAUUUUUGCGGAUAUUAAGAAAAAACACAGUUCUCAUGCUGUAACUAGUGAUAUAAGUUUAGUGGAUACUGCAAAGGCGGCGGAAUUCUUUUUGGCUGAUGGCUUGAUUAUAACUGGAAACGCUACAGGUGAUCCAGCAAAUGCUAAUGAUCUUAAAUUAAUUAAAGAAACAUCCAAGCUACCAGUUAUAAUAGGUUCGGGUGUUACUAUAGACAAUCUCUCUGAUUAUUUAGUGGCAGAUGCUCUGAUCAUUGGAUCACAUUUUAAGCAGAAUGGUGAUUGGAUGAACGUAUUAGAUGGAGAGAGGAUUAAUAAUUUUAUGAAUAAAAUAUUGCAUACUACUGUAUCAUGAUAUUCUUAAUAAAUUUAAUUUCAACAAACACAGUCAACAUA